UUUUGCACAAUCUUCUGAUUCUCAUGAUUAUGUUUGUGUCUAGUUUCGCAAGCCUUUGAUUCGCCAACCCUGAAAAUGGAUUAAACGUUUUUACCUUUCAAUCGAUGACUAGUUUCAAUCUGCAGUUAAAAGCACAAUUUUUUGGACUCAACACUUCACCAUCAUUAGAAGUAUUACAAACUUGUAAAUUGAUCUCAAUUUGCCUUUUCUCGAGUCUUCAUGUAAUCACAUUAAGUUGCUGAUUCAAUUGGACUAGGCAAAUUGAAGAGAGUCAAAACCUUGACCUUAACUACUGGCCAUCAUUGAUACUAGACUGACUUCAAGGAUACUUUCAUUUUCAUCAACUGGGUCAAACAAACUGUAUCAACAAUCAUUUUACUCUUUGCCUGGACAAUCAACUAAAAAUACAAAACAAAACAAGUGGACAACCGAAACCAUUAAGAAUGUAUUGAAAAUAAUUUGCUUUCAAAGAGAAACGGAAAGAGAAAAGUUUACUUUUUUUCUUUAUUCCAAGUGAUUAAUUACAUAAAUUGAAAAGGAAACGAAAAACAAUUCAACAAUUCACUUGAAACUUUCCUCAUUACCUGUUCAUCGCCACAAUUCAAGCACAAUGUCAGUGUUUAUUCAGUUUCUUCACUUGACCACACUUCUUCCAGGUGUUCUCAGUGUUUCCGGCAACUGGGAGGAAUGGUGGACUUAUGACGGAAUUUCAGGUCCUGAUUUUUGGGGGCUACUUAAUCCAGAGUGGAGUUUGUGUAACAAAGGGAAACGACAAUCACCAAUAGACAUUAAACCAAAUCACCUUUUGUACGAUCCAUUUUUAAGGCCAAUCCAUAUUGACGAUCAAAAGAUUUCAGGUAUUCUGGAGAAUAAUGGACAUUCCAUUGUUUUUCGAACAACUCAGUCAGAUAAACAUCGAUUAACAGACUCUUCAAGAAUAUUUAAUGAAGUUGAUCCUGUUCGAGGGACACCGAUAAACAUAAGCUCAGGUCCAUUGUCAUAUUCAUAUAGCUUUGAUUCUUUGUACAUUCACUUUGGUCGCACAGACUCUCAUGGGUCUGAACAUCGGAUAGAUGGAACUCCAUUUCCAGCUGAGCUUCAAAUAAUUGGUUACAAUUCAGAUCUUUAUCGCAAUUCCAGUGAAGCUUCCAGAAAAACUAGUGGACUCGUUGGAGUUGCAGUUCUUAUUCAGAUUGGUGAUAAUCCAAACCUCGAGCUUCGUCAUUUAACCAGCAUGGCUCAUUUGAUUAGAUUCAAAGGUCAAAAUACUACAGUUAAAUCGCUUUCCAUUCGAGAAUUGAUUCCUCAACUGGAAACUUACAUUACCUAUGAAGGUUCAAUGACGGUUCCAGCUUGCUCUGAAACAGUUACAUGGAUAGUCAUGAACAGUCCCAUCUUCAUGACAAAGCAACAACUUUUCUCAUUACGAAAAAUGAUGCAAGGCGAUGCUGAUUCACCCAAAGCUCCAUUGGGAAACAAUUUCCGUCCUACAACGAAAAUCAAUCAUCGAGUGGUUCGAACCAAUAUUGAUUUUAAACGGAAACAGGGAGCUGAAUGUCCAUCGCUGAAGACGAAUAUGCAUUAUCAAGUCAAUUCUCGUCAUUUAAGGACAUAAUUUUUGGUUGUUAGUUAGUUUACGUUUCCAUUAAUUGAUCUCAAUGGACUCAAGUGCCUGAUAAAUGGCCAUUGGAGAGUCACUCUUGCUCCAGAUAACAUGACAAAAAAAGAUGAACCAUAAUAAUGGCAAAAUGAUUCAAAGGACUUUUUCUCCUCUUCUCUUGAAACGAUUUUAUCUUUGAAUUAGUCUGGACUCACAUAAAUGGAUAACAGCAAUGAUAAUCAUUGAUUUUUAUUUCCUAUUUUCACACUUUUCUUUUGCUUUCAUUUUUCAUUUUUUCCUUCGUUUUCUCUCUCUCUCUCUCUCUCAUUCGUAUUCAAUCAUAUUUUGAUACAAAACCCAACACAUGGGCUAACUGUUAUCAACUAGCAUCGUUCAUACAAUGCAAUAUGAAACUCGAUUGUUUCCUUCACUUGUAAUUUUACUCUUACUGUUGAUGGACGCCACUUACAGUUAUGUACUUAAUCAUUUUGACCCACUCUUGAACAUAAUUUGGUUAACCAAUAAGUUGACUGUGAAUCUCAUUCAACUGAAAUCUUUUUUUCGAAAAGAAACAAUCAUUACUUUUUUCUUGGUGCCAAUAAGCAAUCAAUCCGAUUGUAUUUUUCAUUCGUUCAUUUGUUGAAGAUUCAAUCGAUUUGAAAUUUAAGACGGUAAUCAUUUUCGAUCGACCAUUAAAAAUUUAAAACGAAA